GGGGAAACAUCAGUUGAGACGGUCUGCGAAAACACCACUAUGUCUGAGAUGGAAGAGAAAGAAAAGCCUCAAGCCCUUGUAUCAGCCAACGCAGAAGCACCUAAUGUGUUAAAUGGCGAUCGGGGGUACUCUCGGGUUUCCAUGGUAUUCAUGGUGAUCUUCAGCGGUUUGGCUAUCGGUUCAGAUGGUUUUAACGCCUCGAUCAUCGGCAACUUGGAACUGAUCAUGGGGGUGAUAUACCCAGAGACUCUAACGACUGCAGUUGCCGCUAGACUUUCAAACGCAUUCAUGGUUGGCAUGAUUAUUGGAAUGCUUUCCUUUGGAUACAUCUCGGACAAGUUAGGUCGGAAAACGGGCGCAGUACUUACUACGGUCAUUUUGGUCUUGGGGAUUGCCCUCAGCGCAGGUGCCAGUGGUAUCAAUGAGAAUGGCAUGUUUUGGAUGCUCAUCAUUGCCCGUGGGAUUGCUGGAGUUGGUGCAGGAGGGGAAUAUCCUGUGGCUGGUGCUGGUGCGGCAGAGGCGACCGAUGAGGCUCCGGGUAUUCGCAAGCGCAGAGGCUUCAUAUUUGCUAUGAUUGGUGACCUGUCCGCUUCUCUUGGGUUUGCCUUUGGUGCGCUCGUCCCUUUGAUUUUGCUGCUGUGUUUCCACCAACAGGUGAGACAUUAUGAGACAGUUUGGCGUAUAUCUCUAGCCAUGGGUGCUAUUCCUCCACUAUCAAUCUUUUGGUUUAGAUAUCGGAUGGUCAUGAGCUCGGCGUAUCGAAAGAGCUCUAUGAAAAAGCAGCGGAUUCCGUAUUGGCUGGUAUUGAAGAAGUACUGGCGAUCCCUAUUGGGAGUUUGCGGCUCCUGGUUCAUAUAUAAUUACAUCUCUUAUCCCUUCGGCCUUUUCUCAUCCACCAUCGUCGGACGGGUCAAUCCAACAUCUUCGUUGGCCCUCACCAUGGCAUGGGGAACAGUGAUCAACUGUUUCUAUAUUCCAGGAGCAUUUAUCGGAGGUCUGCUGUCAGACAAAAUUGGUCGUCGCCGCACCAUGGCAUUGGGCUUUGGGCUCCAGGCCAUCCUAGGGUUUAUCUUGGGGGGGGCCCUGGGUCCAAUCCAAACCAAGCUGCCGCUGUUCAUUGUUCUUUAUGGUAUAUUUUUGACACUCGGAGAGGUCGGCCCUGGCUCCACAAUUGUUCUUACUGCAAGUGAAAGUUUUCCCACCGCAAUUCGUGGACAUGGUGUGGGCCUUGCCGCCGCAUGGAGCAAGGCCGGAGCAGCAAUUGGAACGCAGGUCUUCAAGCCAAUCUUGGUUAGUUGGGGCGAUGAUACUACCCACGGUACUCAAGCUGUUUUUUUAAUUGGCUCGGGCUUUGCGGUCCUUGGGGCGUGUUUGGCAUGGUUUGUUAUUCAGGAUAGCGAUACCAUCUUGGAUCAUGGGGAUCAAGAAUGGAAAGACUACCUGGUCGCUCAUGGAUAUGAUCAUAUUGAGUGGGGCGUUGAAGAUCAGCCAACAGCUACAGACGCGAAAUUACUGGAUUAG